AUGGCGGUGCCUCCUAUCAUACACUCAGAGAAAGCCUGGGUCACACUCAUCACCAACGAGUCCUACCUCCCAGGUCUCCUAACCCUCAACCACUCCCUCCGCACCGUCAAAUCCGCAUAUCCCCUCAUUGCCCUCCACACACCCUCCCUCCCCUCCUCAUGUAUAGCUGCCCUCUCUCGCCGUGGGAUCCCAUCGAUCCCCGUUCCCUACAUCGCGCCUAGAUCCGGCAAAAAGUACCUCGAGGAUGCGCGCUUCAACGACUGCUGGACGAAGCUCAUCGCCUUCUCGCUCACCCAGUUCUCGCGUGUAGUCCAGCUCGACUCUGACAUGCUCGUUCUCAAAAACAUGGACGAGCUCAUGGACCUGGCCCUCGACCCCGUCUCCCUCAGCGAGUCCGGCUCCGAGACGAGCAAGCGGGUAUUCGCGUCCGGACACGCCUGUAUCUGCAAUCCGCUCAAAAAGCCUCACUACCCGUCUACCUGGAUCCCCGCCAACUGCGCGUUUACACACCAGCAUGAUAAUCCGGACCUGGCUCAGGUGGAAAGCGCUGAUCCGGCACGCAGCCUAGGGGACUUGAAUAGCGGGCUGCUUGUUAUAAAUCCAUCCAAGGUAUUGUUCGAACAGAUUAUAGAACACAUGGAUGCUCAUGGGGAAACGUACGCCUUUCCGGAUCAGGAUUUGCUGGCGGAUUUGUAUAGGGGUCGAUGGGUUCCGCUGCCAUAUGUGUAUAACGCUCUGAAGACGAUGAGAACUGCGGAUGUGCAUGGUGCGAUUUGGAGGGACACGGAGGUGAAGAAUGUGCAUUAUAUUUUGAGUCCGAAGCCGUGGGGGGAGCUAGAUGAGCAGGGGCGAUGGAAGGGUGAGAGUGAGAUUAAUGGUUGGUGGGCUGAGGCUAAUCGGAGGAGACUGGAGAAGGAGAAGGAGGAGGGGAUAUAG